CCUCCCGGAGUCCCCGUGGCGUGCUUCUCCCGGUAGCACCUUACUGCUGGGUAUGAAGAGGUUGUCUGUGCAGCUGGUGGACUGCAGGAAAACAACGGGGCUGAGUGGAACUGUGAGAGGAGGAGAAGAGAAGAAAGGAUCAGAUUUGACACAUCAAAAAAUUGACCAUGAGAGUGACACAGAAGGAAUGGAUGAGGACUCUGUGAGUGACCACAGUUAUGAUUCCAGCGCGGAAGAAAUGUUUUUGGAAGGAAAAGAUCCACUUUUAGACCAUGCCAGGGACUCGGAUGAACAAUGGGAACCCACAAUGUCAAGGUGUCCAUCCCCCACUAAUUCAGACGCUGAAGCUGGUUCAUCCAGCCGGACCCCUGCUGUCUCCUGCUCCACACCUUCCCCCGCCCGGCCAUCUAGAGGUGUGAAGAGGUCAGCCCAGAAGCGGAGGAGGGCCAGUGAACCAGCGGCAACUACCACCGAGGCAGAGGACCGUUGGCACACUGUGCUAGAAGAUGAUGUGGAGCCACUUCCACCAACAUUUAGACCGAAAAGGCAGCCAGGACCUCAGCUGGACAAGACUGUAAAGUACAGCCCCCUUCAUCUUUUCCAGAUGUUUUUCUCCUUGUCAGUUCUUGAUUCGCUGGUGUCUAACACCAACAAGUAUGGGGCUAAGACACAAGCAGGCAAGAAAGAGGCAUGGAACCCCAUUUCCGUCCAAGACCUGUACUGUUACAUCUCACUGGUUAUUUACAUGGGGUUUGUGAAGUGUGAAAACCUCAAGGACUACUGGAGAACGUCAACACUCUACCAACUGCCUUUCCCCUCCACUGUCAUGUCUUCUAAAAGGUUUCUGACUAUCUCGCAGGCGCUUCAUAUCAGUGACCCACAAGUUGACGACGACAAUGACAAGAAGAGAGGCACAGCAAGCUUUGAUAGGCUCUGCAAAAUCAAACCUCUCUACCCCAGCAUGGUUGAGGCUUGCAAGACCCAUUUUCAACCCAACCAGAACCUGUCCAUAGAUGAGAGGAUGGUAGCCUCAAAGGCUGGAAUUGGCCUCAAACAAUAUAUGAGUAACAAGCCAACAAAAGGGGGGUACAAACUGUUUGUUUUGGACGAUUCUGUGUGUGCCUACACUUGGAAUUUUUUUGUUUACGAGGGGAAAUCCAUCUCAGCCACCGGUAAGGGACUUAGUUAUGAUUCCGUUAUGGAAUUAUUCGAUUUUCAACUGCUGGGGACGGGCUACAAACUGUUUGUGGACAACUUCUACACAAGCCCUACCCUGUUCACAGACCUGAGGAAGCUGAAUGUGUGGGCUUGUGGCACCAUUCAUCCCAACAGAGUGGGUUUUCCCAAAACAAAAGUCAACGACAUGCCUAAGCGGGCUGAUAGGGGUACCAUGCGAUGGAUUCGUAAAGAUGACCUGCUCUUUGUAAAGUGGAUGGAUACCAGAGAGGUGGUCAUGUGCUCCAGUAUCCACAAAUCGUACAGUGGCGAUCACGUCGUCAGGCGUGUGAAGGACGCUAAUUGGGAACAGACCACUAAAAAUGUUCCCAUUCCUGCUGCUGUGAAGGAUUACAACAAGAGCAUGGGAGGUGUGGACCUGUCAGACGCUCUGAUAGGCUACUACAAUGUUCUCCACAAGACAACGAAAUGGUACAGAACAUUGUUUUAUCAUUUCAUCGACAUUGCUGUGGUGAAUGCAUUCGUCCUCCAGAAGGAAAUGGCUAAGAGCUCUGGACAGACCUCCAUGACACAGCUAGCCUUCAGAAAGCUGCUCAUCCAGGAGCUUGCUGGCUACGACACAAAGUCCACUGCAGCACCUUCUGCCCCCUCUACCUCUGUCCCUUCUGCUCCUGCCACCAGUGGUGUUCACAUGCCCAAAUUCAUAACUGCAGGCAUGAAUGUGCCUCGGGGCAAAAAGGCCACAGCAUGGAGGCGUCGUUGUGUUCUUUGUCGCAUGAAGUCCUCCAUCACCUGCACGACUUGUUCGGUUUGCCUCUGCUUUACAGCAGAAAGAGACUGCUUUGGGACUUGGCAUCAGCAGCAUAAUAUUGUGUAGAGGACUGAGGAUCUUCCAAAUACUGUCAUUCUAAAGUUGUUUUAUUUUAUUUUUUACUUUGUGUGGUUUGUGGUGUUGUUCAACAGUGACAUUGGAUCCCUGUGGGCUGCUAACUUGGCCCUUAAAUGUUUCACUUCUGUGUUUGGAGAUAUUGGAUCAGCAUUCUUGUCACAUUUCCCGUUAGUACCUUUUAUGUAGGGAAGCUAAUGAUCCAUCAUUUAUGACAUUCCUGGGAGUGUGGAGACUAAGCAUUUUUGUAUUUUCUAUGUAGUUAUUUUCUUGAAAAAAAUCAAUUUGGCCAUUUGGGCAACUGGUGUGGGACACCUGGGUGACUUCAUACUAAAUGUCAUGUAACUCGCUCAUUCUUGAAGUUAUCAGUCUGACUUUGCACAUGUACUGUUGCCCUGUUGUGGACAACAUAUAAAUGACCCCCAGCGUCCUAUAUCAAUGUAUGUCCUUUCUUUUGCAUUUCAAAGAUUAUCAAAUAAAAAUUGAAAACAUG